AUGCCUUCCCCAAUUGUGGCGGCGACGAUACAGUCGGCCGGUCUCGGAGUUCUCAGCAGCAUUCUGGCACAGUGCAUCACAGCGUACCGAGAAGAGGGACCGUUCUCGGUUGACUGGAUCCCGGUAUUUCAGUACCUGCUCUUCAUCAUAGUCAAUACGCCGCCCAACUUUUUAUGGCAAGAAUUAAUCGAGGCUGCUUUCCCCUCGCACCCGGAGCCUCAAGCUCGUCCCGAAAAGGCUGGUGGCGCGGGAUCGCCGCCCCCCCUGUCCACUCGCAAUACGGUCAUCAAGUUCCUUCUGGACCAAACUGUCGGCGCCGCCGUCAACACACUGCUCUUCAGCAGCUUUACGCGUUCCCUCAGGAUGGCCAGCGGGCAUGCGCCGCGCGUCACCAGCGUGUCCAAGGCCGUCAGCUACUGGGUCAGCCCCGACGCCGUCGACUUCGCCCAAGUGGACUUUGGCGUGGUGUGGGCAGAGGCCAAGCGGGAGUUUUGGCCCCUGAUCUUGGCGGGAUACAAGCUUUGGCCGUUUGUGUCGCUCGUCAACUUUACGCUCAUCAAGUCUGUGCAAGGGCGGAACUUGCUCGGCGCGCUGGCUGGGGUCGUCUGGGGCGUCUAUAUCUGUUUGGUUUCCGCAACAUGA